GCGAACCAUUACCUCAAGAAUUAGGAACAGAGGAGAGAUUCAACGAAUCGCGUGUUGAAGAAACGCCUGCCGCUGAAGCCAACGCUAAGAAAUUGCCUGUAAAUCAGCAACACUUAAAAAACGCAUGGGAAUGCUCUCAAAGGUCAACAAAGGACGAUUGGCAUGAAUGGAUCCGCCGUUUAAGUGUUGAAUUACUCAAAGAGUCGCCUUCCCACGCACUUAGAGCAUGUGCAAGUUUGGCUGGUGUCUAUGUUCCCCUAGCAAGAGAACUAUUUAACGCAGGAUUUAUAUCAUGUUGGUCAGAGUUAUACUAUCAGUACAAGGAUGAACUUGUCAGCUCUCUAAUGUCGGCAUUAAGAGCGCCAAAUAUCCCUCCUGAAAUUGUUUCAACUAUUUUAAAUCUUGCUGAAUUCAUGGAGCAUUACGAUAAACCACUUCCAAUUGAUAUAAGAACACUUGGUAACCAUGCUGAAACGUGUCAUGCAUAUGCUAAAGCGCUUCAUUAUAAGGAAUUAGAAUUUAUAACUGAAUCAUCCACCGAAACUAUCGAAAAAUUGAUUCAAAUCAACAACCAGUUACAACUUCCUGACGCUGCUAUUGGCAUUCUUACACAUGCACAACAAACUCCUGGAUUACAAGACCUCCAGUUGAAAGAAAAUUGGUAUGAAAAACUUACCCGCUGGGAGGAUGCGUUGGCUGCUUAUAAUAAGAGACGGCAAAUUGAGCCAAACGAUUUUGAAGCAAUUUUGGGUGUUAUGCGUUGCCUACAUUCUUUGGGUGAUUUCGAUGGGCUAUCAGAACUUGUUCAAGAAAAGUGGCCCGAUGCAUCAAAUGAUAUGCGCAAGGCAAUGUCCACUUAUGCAGCUGCAGGUGCUUGGUCUCUAGGCCAAUGGAAUUUGAUGGAAGAUUAUAUUCCUACAAUCAAAUCAGAAUCUCCUGAUCGAUCAUUUUAUCAAGCAAUACUUGCUUUACAUAAGAACAAGUAUGAUGAAGCAGUCCGUCAUAUCGAUAAAACGAGGGACCUUUUAGAUACUGAACUGACUGCUCUUGUUGGAGAGAGCUACAAUCGUGCAUACAGUGUUGUCGUUCGUGUACAAAUGCUGGCUGAACUUGAGGAAAUAAUUACAUACAAGCAAUUUGCCGACCAACCUGAUAGGCAGGCAACCAUAAGAAAAACAUGGAUGAAGAGGCUAAAAGGAUGUCAGCGUAGUGUUGAGGUUUGGCAACAGAUACUUAAAGUACGGGCACUUGUUAUAUCUCCUAAAGAAAAUAUGGAAAUGUGGAUAAAAUUUGCAAACCUAUGUCGCAAGAGCGACCGUCUUGAAUUUGCUGAAAAGACAUUGAAGCAACUUUUAGUUGGAGAUCAGAAAUUAGAAGUAGUACAUCCUUCGAUUUUGGCUAGGGCAGCACCUCAAAUCGUUUAUGCUUAUUUAAAAUGGAUGUGGGCUAGUGGAGUUCGCGACGAUGCUUUGGGCUUCUUGAAAGACUUUACGACGCGAAUGUCUAAAGAUCUUCAUGUAGGAAACAAAGAACUACUUGCUCGCUGUUAUCUUAAAAAGGGUGAAUGGCAGAAAGUCUUACAAGAUGAUUGGGAUCCGGUUC